CGUGAGACGGUCGCUCGGCUUUCGGCGCGGUUUCUGCGGUUUGAAUUUGGUCUCGAGCCGCACCGUUGAGCGUCUGAUGACGCAGCGGCGUCUGAUUGGCUGCCCGCGGUCACGUGUCAGAGUGGGUCUGCUGAGCGGCCAUAUUAGUUCAGCUCAGUUCAUUCUCUCACGCGGCCGGACUCCGAGUAAGACGCGCGCUCGUCUCUGCGUUCUUUACCUCACAGUUUACGGUUAUAUUGCUGCAGCGUUAAAAGCAGAUCUGUUAGAGUCACACGGUGUUCGCUCGGCGCCUAUACUUGGUCAGUCAGAAGUCGGGCGGCAGAAUGGCGAGCACUCCGGCCGGACAGCAGCCGUCGUCCCGCGGCGGCAGCACUCCUCUGAGCCCCGCGCGGAUCUCCCGCCUGCAGGAGAAGCAGGAGCUGCAGCAGCUGAACGACCGGCUGGCCGCCUACAUCGACACGGUCCGCGGGCUGGAGUCCGAGAACAGCGUCCUGCAGCGGCAGCUCCGCGAGCGCGAGGAGGUGCGCAGCCGCGAGACCAGCGGCCUCAAAGCGCUCUACGAGACCGAGCUGGCGGACGCGCGCACGGCGCUGGACGACACGGCGCGGGAGCGCGCACGCCUGCAGCUCGAGCUGGGCAAGCUAGCGAGCGAGCACGAGCAGCUGCAGCACACGUAUGCCAAGAAGGAGGCUGACCUCUCCAGCUCUCAGGCCCGACUGAAGGAAGCUGAAGGCCUGCUGAACUGUAACGAGGCGGCGCUGAACACCGCUGUGUCUGAGAGGAAGGCGCUGGAGAGCAUGCUGACAGACCUGCAGCUUCACGUGCAGGAGGUACAUGUUAACAAGACUUUCUCAACAGAGCGCCGAGAAACCCACACUAAGAAAUGUGCCAUAAGGAUUUAUUUUUGUUUGUUUAAUAUUGAGUUACAUUCUUACUGCAUAUCUUUUAAUCAGUUUUUAUUAUUGCGCACAAGUUGUUCAGAGGAGGAGAUUAAGGACACACGGCACCGACACGAGACGCGUCUGGUGGAGGUGGACUCGGGCCGUCAGAUGGACUACGAGUUCAAACUGGCUGCGGCUCUGGCUGACAUGAGACAGCAGCACGACGAGCAGGUCCAGCUCUACAAGGACGAGAUGGAGCAGACCUACAUGGCCAAACUGGAGAACGUGCGUCUGUCGUCGGAGAUGAACAGCUCUUCAGCGAGUAUGGCCCGCGAGGAGCUGCAUGAGUCCACGCUGAGAGUGGAGAGUCUGUCUGCUCAGCUCACUAACCUGCAGAAAGAGGCGCGUGCGUGGCAGGAUCAGAUCCGUGAACUGGAGGCGGCUCUGAGCCGCGAGAAGGAUCUGAGCCGCAGGUUACUGGCAGAGAAAGAGCGAGAGAUCGCAGAGAUCAGAGCCAAGAUGCAGCAGCAGCUGGAUGAGUACGAGCAACUGCUGGACGUCAAGCUAGCGCUGGACAUGGAGAUCAACGCGUACCGGAAGCUGCUGGAGGGAGAGGAGGAGAGGCUGAAGCUGUCUCCCAGCCCCUCGGCUCGUGUGACGGUGUCCCGGGCCUCCUCCAGCCACAGUGUUCGCACCGCGCGAGGGAAGAGGAAGCGUGUGGAUGUGGAGGAGUCCGAGGCCAGCAGCAGCAUCAGCAUUGCUCACUCCGCGUCUGCCACUGGAAGCGUCUGCAUCGAUGAGCUGGACGUGGAUGGGAAAUUCAUCCGCUUGCACAACAGCUCUGAGCAGGAUCAACCCAUGGCAGGAUUUCAGCUGACUAGGACUAUCGGGGAUGUUUCUGCUACGUAUAAAUUCACUGCUAAAUACGUGCUGAAGGCUGGACAGAAAGUAACGAUCUGGGCAUCUAAUGCAGGCGUGAGCUCCAGCCCUCCUGCAGACCUGAUCUGGAAGAGCCAGAGCUCGUGGGGGAGCGGCGAGAACGUUAAAGUGCUUCUGCUGAGCCCAGGAGGAGAGGAAGUGGCUGUGAGGAGCACAGUAUUCAGGACUGCAGUGGAGGAGGAAGAUGAGGAAGAAGCGGAAGCUGAAGUCAUUGAGGAGCGUUUCUUUCACCAGCAGGAGGAUCCUCGUACCGCCAAGAGAGGCUGUGCGAUCAUGUGAUCAACUCUACAGCCAAUCAGAGCAGGCAGCUGAACCACCAUAAAGCUUCCUGUGUGGUCUUUUCAGAGUGAAGUCUUUCUUUUCUUUAUUUUGAAUUAUGCUUUUUAAAGUCUUUCACUUCAGUUUGUUUUCAGAUUUUGUGAAAUGUCUAUCAGCCUCAAUUUAAAGAACCAAAUGUUUUUCUUUUCAUGUGCAAGUUGUAACUGUGAGGACUCUUUUCUAGACUCGUCCACGUCAGAUUCUGUGACUAACCCUUUUUUUUUUUUUUUUUUUUUUGAAAUCAUGUUUAUAUUAAUUUUAUAAGAUUGCAUUUUAGGUCUCUUUUAUAGACAGUUUUUAUAAUGGCUCAGUUUUUAGUGAGUUUAUUACGGACCGAUACAUUUGCAUGCUAGUUUGAAUGAUAUUAAAGUUUGUGAUUGUAUUUAAAGCAGCUGUUCAAAAGUAAUUCACUACAUGAUGGCGGGCCUGACGCGUCUCUUCAGCAGCGCAUGAUCGACAGCCUGUCACAUGAUCCGCUCCAACUGCAAGACUUCACUCAGUCCUCAGAUUUCAGGGAAAUGUAGCACAAGUGACUUGGUUUUCUGUGUGUGAGGUGUAGGGUGUUUAUUAGAUGUGAUGUAUGAACCGCUGUCAUUAUUCCUGCUGAAGAGAUGCAGUUUUGGGCCUGAAACUCCUCUUUCUCUUUGACUGUAUAUUAGCGCUCCGUGUCAGAUCUAAUAUGAUCGCUGGACGCAGUGGGGAAGCUAUGAAACCUCCAGAUUCAGUACUGUAUUUUUUUUUUUACAGAUUGUCAGAGCUGAAAUGUUUUGUAUUGCUUUCGUCUGUACUAUCUAACCAACACUAGCCUUACGCAUUUGUUUUAAUUUGAGGUUUAAUCUUUUAUUUUAAGAAUUGUCACAUGCAUGCUUUAUUUUUCUGCAGCCUUUAUAUUUCAAAUGAUCAAAUAAAGUGUUGACUAUU